AGGGGGCCCGAGCCGCUGCCGAGCUAGAGCCGGAGCGGGGCGCGGGCGGCUGCGGUCCCCGUGGCAGCGGGGGAAGAUGGUGGCGCUGCAGGAGGGAGCGGCUGGAGAACAGUUUUAUUCCCAGGCUUGGCAAGGUUGCUGUCACUAGCGCCGCCUGCUCCCGUGGGCCCGCGGACCCAGCUGUCAGGCAAGGUACCACCGCCAGGGCGGGCUGGGCCCCGUGGAGCAAAAUGAGAGCGCAGUGAGCAAGCGCAGCCUCUCCCCAGCCAUCCCCCCGACGCCCACCAUGAACCACUUGGAGGGCUCUGCGGAGGUGGAGGUGCCCGACGAGGCUCCAGGAGGGGAGGUGAACGAGUCUGUGGAGGCCGACCUGGAGCACCCCGAGGUGGAGGAGGAGCAGCAGCCGCCGCCGCCCCCCCAGCCCGCGGGCCGCCACGGUGCAGUCGAGGAGCCCCGCGUGCAGCUGGCGCAGCAGCAGCAGCAGGAGGAGGAGGAGCGCGGUGAGUGCCUGGCGCGCUCGGCGAGCACGGAGAGCGGCUUCCACAACCACACGGACACGGCCGAAGGCGACGUGCUUGCCGCGGCCCGCGACGGCUACGAGGCGGAGCGCGCGCAGGACGCCGAGGAUGAGAGUGCCUACGCCGUGCAGUACAGGCCCGAGGCCGAGGAGUACACGGAGCAGGCGGAAGCCGAGCACGCCGAGGCCGCGCACCGGCGCGCGCUGCCCAACCACCUGCACUUCCACUCGCUGGAGCACGAGGAGGCCAUGAACGCGGCCUACUCGGGCUACGUCUACACGCACCGGCUCUUCCACCGCGGCGAGGACGAGCCCUACGCCGAGCCCUACGCCGACUAUGGCGGCCUCCAGGAGCACGUGUACGAGGAGAUCGGGGACGCGCCCGAGCUGGAGGCACGCGAUGGCCUGCGGCUCUACGAGCAGGAGCGCGACGAGGCGGCAGCCUACCGCCAAGAGGCCCUGGGCGCGCGGCUACACCACUACGACGAGCGCUCCGAUGGGGAGUCCGACAGCCCCGAGAAGGAGGCAGAGUUCGCGCCCUACCCGCGCAUGGACAGUUAUGAGCAGGAAGAGGACAUCGACCAGAUCGUGGCCGAGGUCAAGCAGAGCAUGAGUUCGCAGAGUCUCGACAAGGCGGCCGAAGACAUGCCCGAAGCGGAGCAGGACCUGGAGCGCGCCCCGACCCCGGGAGGGGUACACCCUGACAGCCCUGGACUGCCAGCACCAACAGGGCAGCAGCGGGUCACGGGACCCUCGGGCGGCGGCGAGACCGGGCAGCGGUAUAGCAAGGAGAAGAGAGACGCCAUCUCACUGGCCAUCAAGGACAUCAAGGAGGCCAUCGAAGAAGUGAAAACCAGGACCAUCCGUUCGCCUUACACCCCUGACGAGCCCAAAGAGCCCAUCUGGGUCAUGCGCCAGGACAUUAGCCCCACGAGGGACUGCGACGACCAAAGGCCCGUGGACGGAGAUUCUCCAUCUCCUGGAAGUUCCUCACCUCUGGGUGCUGAGUCAUCAAGCGUACCCCUUCAUCCCGGUGACCCCACGGAAGCCUCCACCAAUAAAGAGUCAAGAAAAAGCUUGGCAUCAUUCCCAACCUAUGUUGAAGUUCCUGGACCUUGUGACCCUGAAGACUUGAUCGAUGGAAUUAUUUUUGCUGCCAAUUACCUUGGUUCCACUCAGCUACUCUCAGACAAAACUCCCUCCAAAAACGUGCGCAUGAUGCAGGCCCAGGAAGCAGUAAGCCGGAUCAAGACGGCCCAGAAAUUAGCCAAAAGCAGGAAGAAGGCUCCUGAAGGCGAAUCUCAGCCAAUGACUGAGGUGGACCUCUUCAUUUCUACCCAGAGGAUCAAAGUAUUGAAUGCAGAUACACAGGAGCCUAUGAUGGAUCACCCUCUGAGGACCAUUUCCUACAUCGCAGACAUUGGGAACAUUGUUGUGCUGAUGGCCCGCAGGCGGAUGCCCCGCUCCAACUCCCAGGAGAAUGUGGAAGCCUCGCACCCUUCCCAGGAUGGAAAAAGACAGUAUAAGAUGAUCUGCCAUGUCUUUGAGUCUGAGGACGCCCAGCUGAUCGCACAGUCCAUAGGACAGGCCUUCAGUGUCGCAUACCAGGAAUUCCUCAGGGCCAACGGGAUUAACCCGGAAGACCUCAGCCAGAAGGAAUACAGUGACCUGCUCAACACCCAAGACAUGUACAACGAUGACCUGAUCCACUUCUCCAAGUCGGAAAACUGCAAAGAUGUUUUCAUAGAGAAACAGAAAGGAGAAAUCUUGGGCGUUGUGAUUGUGGAGUCUGGCUGGGGGUCCAUUCUACCAACCGUGAUCAUUGCCAACAUGAUGCAUGGGGGCCCCGCGGAGAAGUCAGGAAAGCUAAAUAUCGGGGACCAGAUCAUGUCCAUUAACGGCACCAGCCUGGUGGGCCUGCCUCUCUCCACCUGCCAGAGCAUUAUUAAGGGCUUAAAGAACCAGUCCCGAGUAAAGCUGAACAUUGUGAGGUGCCCUCCGGUGACCACAGUGCUAAUUAGGAGGCCAGACCUUCGUUACCAGCUGGGUUUCAGCGUGCAGAACGGAAUUAUCUGCAGCCUCAUGAGAGGGGGAAUCGCUGAGAGAGGAGGGGUCCGAGUGGGACACCGGAUCAUUGAAAUCAAUGGCCAGAGUGUCGUAGCCACGCCACACGAGAAGAUCGUCCACAUCCUCUCCAAUGCUGUUGGGGAGAUCCACAUGAAGACAAUGCCAGCAGCCAUGUACAGACUGCUGACAGCCCAGGAGCAGCCCGUUUACAUCUGAGCCGCACCUCCGUGGCUGCGGCAUGCAUGGAGGACUGUCCUCACCGUGGUCGUCUCUCUUGUGCUGCAUCGUGUGCCCACUGAGACAUUCCCCUCUCGCGCCCAGCAUUUGGUCUUAAACGGGAAGAGAAGAAUCGGCAAGGACCUCUUUGCUCUCUGUCUGUCUCCCUCUCUCCAGUUUGCUUUUUUCUGUUCCUUCCUUAAUACCAGGGAAGUUUUGUGUG